AUGCAGGUGCAACAACAACAGACGCCCUUUCUCCCCGCUGCACGGCUUGCGCAUGGCUACCUGACGGCCUCGAGGCUUGACCGACAGCCAUUAUGCGGUAAUCCUGAGGGUUGGGGCCCAAUCAGCCCGAUCCGAUACGACUUCACGCCGUGUUUUCUCGAUGUCUGGAUAGCUGGCGUAGCCGUGUUUGGUGUUUUGGGAGGAGCCGGCGCGUUAUGGUAUCUAUAUAGGCAUUGCUCACCGCAACCGGUGAAGCGCAACUGGCACUUUUACGCGAAAUUGACGACUAUUGGAGCUCUUAUUGGCACAACCGCUACUCAGGCAGCCCUUCAGAUCGAAUACUACAAACACGUCUGGGCAGGCGACUUUCGCUUCUGGACCACCGUCCUGACCAUUCUCUCCCUCAUUGUCAUCUUCCACAUCCAACAUAUCGAACAUUGGAGAUCGCGCAAUCCAAACGGUGUCGUGCUUUUCUACUGGCUUCUCCUCCUCAUCGCUUACGCCGUCAAGCUCCGCUCGCUCAUUUCGCAACAAAUCCACCGCGAACAUGUGGCAUACUUUGCAGUCUUCUGCACUAGUGUUGGACUGGCGGCCCUCUCCUUUGUCCUGGAAUGGCUGGUGCCGAAGCGCAUGAGCGAUUAUGAUAUGCUCGGGGAUGAGGAUGAAUGUCCAUACGAAUACGCCGACAUCUUCUCGGUCUUGACCUUUGGUUGGAUGACACCGCUGAUGAAGAGGGGUUACCAGACUUUCCUUACUCAGGAUGAUCUGUGGAAUCUGCGAAAGCGCGACUCGACUCGGCACACUGCAUCCACCUUUGAAAAGGCCUGGGAGUACGAGAUGUCCAAGAAGCACCCAUCGCUCUGGAUUGCCCUGUUCCGUUCUUUCGGUGGUCCAUACUUCCGAGGAGCCCUCAUCAAGACUAUAAGUGACGUUUUGAACUUUGUUCAGCCCCAGCUACUCAGGCUGCUCAUUACCUUUGUGGCCUCAUACCGCACUGAAAAUCCCCAGCCUGUCAUUCGUGGUGCUGCUAUUGCGAUUGCCAUGUUCGCUGUGUCAGUCUCACAGACAGCCUGUCUCCAUCAAUACUUCCAACGCGCGUUCGAAACUGGCAUGCGCAUCAAGUCCUCUCUUACUGCUGCCAUCUACGCAAAGUCGACCCGUCUGUCCAACGAAGGCCGAGCGGCGAAGUCUACUGGAGACAUCGUCAACUAUAUGGCUGUGGACACACAGCGUCUUCAGGAUCUCGCGCAGUACGGUCAGCAGCUAUGGUCUGCUCCCUUCCAGAUUGUGUUGUGCAUGCUCUCGCUAUAUCAGUUGCUUGGUGUAAGCUGCUUCGCAGGAGUGGCUGCCAUGUUCGUCAUGAUUCCCGUCAACGGAGUAAUCGCACGAUGGAUGAAGACAUUGCAGAAAGAGCAAAUGAAGAACAAGGAUUCGCGUACGAAGCUGAUUUCGGAGAUUCUCAACAACAUGAAGUCUAUCAAGCUCUACGCCUGGACUACCGCCUUCGCUAGCCGGUUGAACACCAUCCGAAACGACCAAGAACUCAAGACCCUCCGUAAGAUUGGCGCCACUCAGGCCUUCUCGACCUUCACGUGGUCUACUACUCCCUUCCUCGUGUCUUGCUCCACCUUCGGUGUUUUUGUCCUCACGCAAAACCGUGCCCUGACAACCGAUAUUGUAUUCCCUGCGCUUACACUCUUCAACCUUCUUACCUUCCCGUUGGCUAUUCUCCCCAUGGUCAUUACCGCCAUUGUCGAGGCUAGCGUUGCGGUGAGUCGUAUUACUGGCUUUUUGACUGCCGACGAGUUACAAGAGGAUGCCGUUAUCCGCGAGGAUGCAGUGACUGAGUUGGGAGAUGAGUCGGUCCGCAUUCGUGAUGCUAGCUUCACUUGGGACAAGAACGCUGAACGCCGGACUUUGCAUGACAUCAACUUUGCUGCGCACAAGGGCGAGCUCACGUGCAUUGUUGGUCGCGUUGGUGCGGGCAAGUCUUCGCUUCUCCAAGCCGUACUUGGUGAUUUGUGGAAGAUUCAUGGAGAGGUUGUGCUAAGGGGAAAGACAGCCUAUGUACCUCAGUCGGCUUGGGUCAUGAAUGCGUCUGUCAGAGAGAACAUUGUCUUCGGUCACCGUUGGGAUCCUCAAUUCUACGAGAAGACUGUUAACGCUUGUGCCUUACGCGAUGACUUUGCAUCUCUGCCUGAUGGCGACCAGACCGAAGUUGGCGAACGCGGUAUUUCCUUGUCCGGCGGACAAAAGGCUCGUCUCACCUUGGCUCGUGCUGUUUAUGCCCGCGCAGAUAUCUACUUGCUUGACGAUUGUCUAUCGGCCGUCGAUCAACAUGUAGCAAGACAUCUCAUCAACAACGUGCUCGGACCUAAAGGGUUGCUCGCAGGGAAGACUAGAAUUCUCGCGACCAACUCCAUCCCCGUACUUAUGGAAGCUGAAAUGAUCUUGCUGUUGCGUGAGGGUAGAAUUCUUGAGAGGGGUAGCUACGGUCAACUGAUGGCAAUGAAGGGUGAAAUUGCCCAACUAAUCAAGACAUCCCAGAACGAAGACCAAGGAGAAGAUGAUAGCACCCGUAUGUCAGAUAGCAUCAUGAGCGACGCCGAGAGCACCGUGUAUGGUGGUACUCCCCCUGGUGAGGACGACGAGGAAGAUCAAGCCGAAGCCGAAGCAGCUCAAGAAGGCGGUGCGCAUCUUGCUCCUUUGAGAGUCGGAGGUGGCACAGCCCGCAAGUCAAGCUUCAACACCCUCCGUCGUGCCAGUACUGCAAGCUUCAAGGGACCUCGUGGUAAGGUUACUGAUGAAGAGGGUGCGCCGUUGAAGAGCAAGCAAACAAAGGAAUUCCAGGAGCAAGGCAAAGUCAAAUGGUCCGUUUAUGGCGAGUACGCAAAGACGAGUAAUCUUGUAGCUGUCGGUAUCUAUCUGAUGCUCCUUCUUGGGGCCCAGACCACUUCCAUUGGUGCAAACGUGUGGCUCAAGCAUUGGUCAGAUGUCAAUCAGCGGUAUGGUGGAAACCCUGAUGUGGGACGAUAUAUCGGCAUCUACUUCUCGUUUGGUGUAGGGUCAGCUGCACUCGUGGUAGUACAGACCCUCAUUUUAUGGAUCUUCUGCUCGAUUGAGGCUAGUCGUAAGCUACAUGAGCGGAUGGCUUUCGCGAUAUUCCGCUCGCCGAUGAGCUUUUUCGAGACAACGCCUGCAGGACGCAUCCUUAACCGCUUCUCAAGUGACAUAUACAGAGUAGACGAGGUGCUAGCCCGAACGUUCAACAUGCUCUUCGUUAAUUCUGCCCGAGCCGGGUUUACCCUUGUUGUUAUCUCAUGGUCAACACCAGCCUUCGUGGCUCUGAUUUUGCCUCUUGGAGCGCUUUAUCUCUACAUUCAGCGAUAUUACCUACGCACAUCCCGCGAGUUGAAGCGACUUGACAGUGUCAGCCGAAGCCCGAUUUAUGCACACUUCCAAGAGAGCUUGAGUGGCAUGAGUACGAUCCGCGCCUACGGCCAGCAGAAGCGUUUCGAGAUGGAGAAUGAAUGGCGUGUCGACGCUAAUCUACGCGCAUACUACCCUUCCAUCAGUGCCAAUCGAUGGCUUGCAGUUCGCCUGGAGUUUCUUGGUUCGGUUAUCAUCCUGGCUGCUGCGGGUUUCGCCAUUAUUUCCGUCUCGAGCCACAGCGGACUUGACGCUGGUUGGGUCGGUCUGGCCAUGUCCUAUGCGCUCCAGAUUACACAAAGUCUCAACUGGAUCGUCCGGCAGACCGUUGAGGUGGAGACCAACAUUGUCUCUGUGGAACGUGUGCUUGAAUAUGCCGCAUUGCCCAGCGAAGCGCCCGAAAUUAUCUCCAAGAAUAGACCACCAAUCAGCUGGCCAGCACAAGGCGCUGUUGCUUUCAACAACUACAGCACUAGGUACCGACCUGGUCUAGAUCUUGUGCUGAAGAAUGUCAACCUCUCCAUCAAGCCAAAGGAAAAGAUUGGUGUUGUUGGGCGUACUGGCGCUGGCAAGAGUUCACUUACCCUUGCGCUGUUCCGUAUCAUUGAACCCACAGAGGGCUUCGUAAGCAUUGACAAUCUCAACACAAGCACCAUUGGACUCUUGGAUCUUCGUCGACGUUUGGCUAUCAUCCCUCAAGAUGCCGCGCUCUUUGAAGGCACUGUACGCGAUAACCUGGACCCUGGGCAUGUACACGAUGAUACCGAGCUUUGGAGCGUCCUAGAACAUGCCCGCCUUAAGGACCACAUUGCCUCGAUGCCCGGUAAGCUGGACGCCACCGUCAACGAAGGCGGUUCCAACUUCUCUGCCGGCCAACGCCAACUCGUCUCGCUCGCCCGUGCACUGCUCACCCCCACUAACAUCCUCGUCCUCGAUGAAGCAACCGCCGCCGUCGAUGUCGAAACAGACGCCAUGCUCCAAAGCACCCUCCGCGCCCCUAUGUUUAGCAACCGCACCAUCAUCACCAUUGCGCACCGUAUCAACACUAUUCUUGACAGCGACCGCAUUAUCGUACUUGAUAAGGGUGAAGUUAAGGAAUUUGAUUCCCCUGCUGAACUUGUGAAGAGUAAGGGAUUGUUCUACGAACUUGUUAAGGAGGCGGGGCUGCUUAAUGCGCUGGAUAUUUCACAGGCUUCGCUGUAA